AUGUCCCAGCGAGCCGAGUACUCCCAAUGUGGCGGCGUUGUGGUCGAGUUGGAGUCUGACAACAUCAGGAAUGCGAGAGCCCAAAAAAACAGGAGCAUACCAGGUUCAGCGCUUAUCUACCUCAAGGGUCCGAAGUUCCUCAUCUAUGUCAGUGGUGCAUUGUCAAUGUGGGGGGACCGAAUGUGGCACUUUGCCAUCUCUGUGUUCCUGAUCGAGCUGUACGGACGUAGCUUGCUGUUGACUGCGGUGUUCGGCUUGGUGGUGGCUGGAUCAGUCCUCCUUCUCGGAGCUUUGAUCGGAGACUGGGUUGACCGCAAUCCUAGGAAUAAAGUUGCACAUGCAUCUCUUUUCAUCCAGAACAUCUCAGUGACACUUUGUAGCAUUGUGCUCAUGUUGGUCUUCUCAUACAAGCAAAGGAUUGAGCAAAUCUGGGACGGCUGGCUUACUGUGGUUUGUUAUACGGUGGUGAUCGUCCUGGCAGAUGUGGCAAACCUUGCAAGCACUGCGCUGACCAUUGCCAUCCAGAGGGACUGGAUCAUAGUCAUCACAGGAUAUAAUCGCGGCCACCUAGCUGGAAUGAAUGCCACCAUGAGGCGGAUAGACCAGGUGACUAACAUCCUGGCCCCGCUUGCAGUGGGACAGGUUAUGACCCUGGCCUCCAAUGUAGUUGGGUGUGGGUUCAUUCUGGGAUGGAACCUCGUAUCUCUCAUAGUGGAGUUUUUCUUCCUGUCACGGGUAUACCGCAUCGUCCCUGCUCUUUCCCUGAAACCGCCAACGGCAGAGGUGGACCAGGCCAAUCUGCAAGGGAAGCACAGAAGAGGAUCACAAGGUCAAGUAGUUCAGCCUUUGGCAGAGGGGAACAGCAACACCAGCCUUCACCUGAAAGAAAUCACCAAUUUACCGUUGUGCUUCCGGAGGUUUCGCUGGCUAGUGAGCACCUGCAAGGACGGGUGGAUGUCCUACUAUCAACAGCCAGUGUUUCUGGCAGGAAUGGGCUUGGCGUUCCUCUACACCACCGUACUGGGCUUUGAUUGCAUCACCACAGGCUACGCCUACACUCAGGGCAUAAGCGGCUCCCUUCUCAGUUUGCUGAUGGGUGUAUCGGCCAUCACUGGACUGAUGGGAACUGUCAUGUUUACCAGACUUAGGAAGACGUACGGUCUGAUCAACACUGGCAUCAUCUCGAGCUGCCUCCACCUGGGAUGCUUGCUUAUAUGUGUGUGUUCCGUAUUUGCCCCCGGCAGUCCCAUGGAUCUCAGCUUGCUCAUGCCCUAUUUUACCUCAAACUCCUCCUCUGAAUUUGAAGGGCUGGCGAGCCAAAGACAAAAACACACGUCUCCUUUGAGGGGAAGCAGCAAUCAGCCACUAGUACCAGACCGCUCCUCCAUCCACUGGACCAACAACACUGUGCUUUUUGACAACGUACCCUCCGGUAGCACACCAGAGUCUUACAUCUCCAUUAUCCUGUUGUUCAUGGGGGUCAUCACUGCGCGCAUCGGUUUGUGGUCCUUUGACCUAACAGUGACCCAGCUUUUGCAGGAGAACAUCGGUGAGACCGAGCGAGGUGUUGUAAAUGGAGUGCAAAGCUCUAUGAAUUACCUGAUGGAUCUGCUCCACUUCAUAAUGGUCAUCUCUGCUCCACAGCCACAGCAUUUUGGCAUCCUAGUUCUCAUUUCUGUACUCUUCAUCACCACUGGACACACUAUGUACUUCCUGUACGCACACAGAGCUAAGAGAAAACGUCAGCUGGACACCUAA